AUGCCUUCCUCAAAUAAACUCAACGACAUGGAUCGCCUCUCCGAACUAUUCGGAAACAUCAUUGUGAUCACCACCAACGACGUCCAGAGUAUGAACUCGGUCUUCGGUGCCAUUAGACGAGAUCGAGAAGCCGCAGCCGCAGACGCAGCAGAGACUUCUGCAACUCAGUCGGCCCGAGGAGCUACACUCGUAGCCGUAGAAAGUAGGAAAGCCAUUGUCGAGAAACAGGGCGGAGAUGUCGAGAUGAGUAGGGACAAUGGGAAAAUCUUAUCCCAACAAAGACGUAAUGAGGAACUCGUCACUGGAAGUACGGAUAACGACAAAGGAAAAGAACUCGGCAUGUUCGCCACCGAGAUCAUCUCCAAGAACACCGAGAUCCUGCGCGAAGCGCCUCUCGUUCUCGGGGGACCUACCUGGCCCGGCCGCGAAGCAGCAUACAACAUGCUUCCGUUCUCCAAAAAGGCAGCCGUUGAUUCUCUUUCCAAAAUGUGCAUUUGCGGAAAGAGCCCCGAACUUUGUCUCGAGACACCACUGAUGAAACGCUGGGCUGUUAAUUCCUUCGAGAUGAAUCCUUUUCUUCAACUUGGCGAUACAACUAAUAACAAUUGUAUCUACGAUAAAGCAUGUCGGAUUAAUCAUGCUUGUGUACCCAACUGUUCUCGUGCGUUCAAUUCUGAGCACAGUAUUUCGAUACGAGCUAUACGGGAUAUCAAGAGAGGAGAGGAAAUCACCAUUAAUUAUGGUGUUUAUGGCACCUAUUCUUUUCGAGCGACGAAUAUUUCUGAAAGAUGGAAAUUCACUUGUAUAUGCAACGCAUGUGUCAAGAAAUACUUCGUCCCAGAGACCGGAUAUGCAGAGUACGCGUACAACAAGAGACUUCUCUGUUUCGAGCUUCCUCUAUUAAUUCCACUUGGCGCCAAGACAGCCGAAGAAGCAGCAACAUCUAAGGAAAUCGUUAAAUGGGCCAAUAUGAUCGAAGAUAAUAUCCUAAAAGCCGAAGCAUAUUGGUAUGCGCAUACCGAUGAGCUGGUCAGCAGAGGGAUUACUCGACUUCGAUUUACUCCGGAGUGGAAGGAUCUGAACGUGUCACCGACGAGGAAUUUCUUGGUGAAUGGACAUGAAAAGUUUCUGAGGGAGAAUAACAAGUAUGAUCUCUCGGAUAAAGUCAUUGAGUUGUACAUCUGGCGUGCGACCAAGGCUUUGCGGGCUGAGGUUGAUCGAUGCCAUCCUAUAUUCAUGAGGAAGCAUUCUUAA